GAUUGUCGACUGCCAAUAUUUAUGCCAUCCUUUUCCCUGUAUCCUUUACAUGUUGUCUUCCACGAUUGAUCACACGCCUUCUUGCACGGACGUCGUCGCUAAAGUCUUUCUUUCUGUGCUAUCUAUCUCAGUAUCCGUAGCGGCAUCUCGAAUUUUUAGGAUCUUAUGCUUUCGCUUGUGGUCCCAGUCUAGGAUAAGCAACCGACGCAAUCGGAUCCCUGUGAAGUCUUCUUAUGCUAAGGGUCGUGAUACCGGUACCUACAUGGACACACAAUCUAUAGUGGGUUUAGGUCACCAAUCAAGUGCCAUAUAAACAUCAAAACGUAGACAUGGUACAUGUUCCGCGACCUGCUCUUGUUCUUGCAUCUGGAUGUGGCAUAUAUCCAUCGCACGCGCGUUUUCAUUGUCUUCGACACUUACUUGACACCGAGCUCAAGUACCAAUACCGUUCCUUCUUACUCCUUCAGCCGUGACUCCUCACUACGCCUCAACCUGAAGUCCUUAGACGUCUACUAUCAUCACCUUAAUUUUCCGUGAAAUGCUGAACGUCUCAUCUCACUACGCUCCUUUGUACUGGGGGUUUGUGUGUUCGACAUGUUUCCUCGGUGCUACAGUCGUACAAACAUAUAUGUAUUUCUCUCAUACCCAGGAUAGGUGGCCGAUGAAAAUACUGGUACUCCUCUUACUCACAUUGGAUAUUUCUUCCACAGUCCUGAUCGCAGACACAAUAUAUUAUUUAUUCGUUAUCAACUUUGGUGACUCUUCGGACUUUCAUAUGACUUCACCGCCGUGUGCUGUUGAAAAGGGAGUAUCCUCCAUUCUCACAUCAAUAAUAUACAUCACCCUGAUGAAACUUGAUAAUUCUAGUAAACAGACGGUGCUCGAUUAUAUCGACUCGAGACUGGCUAAUACCUACGGUAGUGAUUUUCCUCGCUUUGUGCGGAACUGCUGUUGGCAUAGGUUAGGAACGUUCUCUGGUAUAUUUCUCCGGUUACUCACUCUUGAUAAAUACAUUUUUGAAGCUGAACCAAUCUACAUGUUGUUUGUCCCAUAUACCAUGUCAGCGGGUCCCCCAAUGGAGAUGAUGGUGGUUAUGGAAGAGGGGUCUGAGGUUAUAGCUGAUUUGCUCAUCACCGUCACUUUGUGUUACAUGCUCUCUCCAGACCGAACUGGAGUUAGAGUAAGAUGUGUCCAGAUUGGCGUUCUCGUGGCUUACCUGACCGCACCGUAUCAGCUUUAUUGGAUACCGUUCCAUGUGUGUAAGAUAAAACUAUAUACAAACACAUUCCGAACAAGGCUGAACUCGCGAGAAAGCCGGAUUGCAUCGCGGUCUGACACGCACCCGACGAUCACUAGUUUCGUUACAACGCCCACGUUAGCUCUCCGUGAUGAUGGCGCUGGUAUGUCGAUGAACGCAAGUGGAAACUCAAGACAAGAGGAUGUGGAGAAAGCAGGGACUUAAACGGAAGUGUGUGCUAUCCGGAGCUGUUAUACUGAACACGAUAACCUGAAUUUUCGUCACUCCUCCCAUUCACACAAACAUCCAUUGCUCCUGUUCACAUUAGUGAUGUCAUUUUCUCUCGUCUACUCGUGUGCCCAGUCUUUCUCUAUAUUGUAUAUCCUACACCUAUUGCUACUUACUAAACGCCUUACCCUGCUCAAGCAGAAAAUGAAUAGCGGACAUUUAAGACUGC